GCGCCCGGUCGCGGUCCUUGAUCGCGUCCCUCGCUGGUGGCAGCAAUUAAAUAUCACUGAAGAUCCGGCCAGACCCCAGUUUCCCAGUGACAGCGCUGAGGGGUCUUUGCUGUAGAUACUCUCGGUGUCCUCUUUUCAUCCUGCUGUGGUUGCAUGCUCAUCUAGUCUAGUUUGCAGUGUAACAACCAAGCAGACAAGACUAUCUAUACCUCAGACAACUAAGUAUGAGGCUUGGAUGGCUUGAGGUAGCUGGCGUCGCGGCCGCUACCGUGGUCAGCGCCAAGGAUUUGGCAUACUCACCGCCCUUCUAUCCGUCACCAUGGGCGAACGGUCAGGGCGAAUGGGCCGAUGCAUACAACAGGGCCGUGCAGUUUGUAUCGCAGUUGACAUUGGCUGAGAAAGUCAACCUGACAACUGGUACUGGUUGGGAGCAGGAGCGUUGUGUGGGUGAAACGGGCAGUAUCCCCCGGUUAGGUUUCCGUGGACUAUGCCUGCAAGACUCUCCUCUGGGUGUGCGAUUCGCGGACUUCGUCUCGGCUUUCCCUGCCGGUGUCAAUGUCGCAGCCACCUGGGACAAAGAGCUGGCUUAUCUUCGCGGCCAGGCGAUGGGCCAGGAGCACAAUGGAAAGGGGGUUGAUGUCCAAUUGGGCCCUGUUGCUGGUCCACUGGGACGAUCAGUUAACGGCGGUCGUAACUGGGAGGGCUUCUCUCCGGAUCCUGUUCUGACAGGUGCGCUUAUGGCGGAGACCAUCAAGGGAAUGCAGGACGCCGGUAUCAUCGCAUGCGCCAAGCACUUCAUCGGUUAUGAGCAAGAACAUUUCCGACAGGCUUCAGAAGCUCAGGGGUAUGGAUUCGACAUCGACGAGAGCGUGAGCUCCAAUAUCGAUGAUAAGACGCUUCAUGAGUUGUACUUGUGGCCGUUUGCCGAUGCAGUUCGCGCAGGUGUUGGCUCUUUCAUGUGUUCCUACAACCAGAUCAACAACAGUUACGCAUGCUCCAACAGCUACACGAUGAACAAGCUCUUGAAGGGUGAGCUUGACUUCCAGGGAUUCGUCAUGAGCGACUGGGGGGCUCACCACAGUGGCGUUGGCGAUGCAUUGGCUGGCCUCGAUAUGUCGAUGCCGGGUGACGCCAUCAUGGGCAAUGGCCAGACAUUCUGGGGCACCAACCUGACUAUCGCUGUUGUCAACGGUACCAUUCCAGAAUGGCGUUUGGAUGACAUGGCUGUCCGCAUCAUCGCUGCAUACUACAAGGUCGGUCGUGACCGCCACCAGGUGCCGAUCAAUUUCGACUCCUGGACGACGGACGAAUAUGGUUACGAGCAUGCACUCGUGGGCCAGAACUACGUCAAGGUAAACGACAAGGUAGACGUGCGCGGCAAUCAUGCGGAUAUCAUUCGGAAGAUUGGAUCUUCGAGCAUUGUCCUGCUGAAGAACAACGGAGCACUUCCAUUGACAGGCUAUGAGAAAUUCACCGCCAUCCUCGGUGAAGAUGCUGGAUCACCCCAGGGAGGUGCCAACGGCUGCAGUGACCGUAGCUGUGACAACGGUACAUUGGCCAUGGGCUGGGGCAGUGGUAGCGAUAACUUCCCUUACCUAGUCACGCCGGAGCAAGCGAUCCAGAAUGAGAUCCUCUCCAAGGGCAAGGGUCCAGUCUUCUCCGUCACCGACAACGGUGACGUUGAUGCGAUACAGCAGUAUGCCUCUCAGGCUACCGUCUCCAUUGUGUUCGUCAACUCGGACUCCGGUGAGGGUUAUCUCAACGUGGCCGGCAACAUGGGAGACCGCAACAACAUUACUGUCUGGCAGGGAGCCGAUCAAGUUGUCAAGACUGCCACGGCUAACUGCAACAACACCAUCCUUGUCAUCCACGGUGUUGGUGCGGUCGAGGCCGGGGAGUGGAACGAUAACCCCAACAUCACUGCUAUUGUCUGGGCCGGUCUUCCCGGCCAGGAGAGCGGAAACUCCCUGGUUGAUGUCCUGUACGGUCGUGUCAACCCAGGUGGAAAGACCCCCUUCACCUGGGGUAAGAACCUGGAUUCCUAUGGCACUCCUCUGCUCAUGGAACCCAACAAUAGCAAGGGUGCGCCGCAGGUUGACUUCACCGAAGGCGUCUUCAUCGACUACAGACACUUCGACAAGGCGAACGACACCCCCGUUUAUGAGUUCGGCUAUGGGCUCAGUUAUACCACCUUUGGUUACUCUAACCUCUAUGUGCAGCCCAUCCCCGUCGCGACGUAUGGACCUGUUUCCGCUCAGACCAAGGCAGCCCCUGUUUUGGGCAACUACAGCACCGACUACGCCGACUAUCUUUACCCGGACAACAUUGACAAGAUUCCAUUGUACAUCUACCCAUGGCUGAACUCGACGGAUCCUAAGAAGGCUUCCGCCGACCCCAAUUAUGGAAUGAAGACUGAAGACUAUGUCCCCGCGGGUGCCACCGACGGCUCUCCCCAGCCCGUUCUUCCUGCUGGUGGCGGCCCUGGUGGUAACCCAGGCCUGUACGAGGAGGUGUACCGUGUCAGCGCCAUAAUUACCAACACUGGCAAGGUGGCCGGUGAUGAGGUUCCCCAACUGUACGUGUCCCUCGGUGGCCCUGACGACCCCAAGGUUGUCCUCCGCAGCUUUGACCGGAUCACCCUUGCUCCUGGCCAGCAGUACCAGUGGACCACGACGCUGACCCGUCGUGAUAUUUCCAACUGGGACGUUGCCAGCCAGAACUGGGUCAUAAGCGAGUACCCCAAGACGGUCUAUGUCGGCAGCUCUUCGCGGAAGCUGCCUCUUCAGGCACCGCUCCCCGCGUUGUCUUAAGGGAAGCAUGGGAGGCUUUGAAUAGCAUGCAAUGAUUCGAGGGGUUUGGGGAAAUUCGGUUAUAAAUAAUUAGAAAACCAUCACAUUCGUACAUAAUAAUGUAUACUCAUCGCUCAAAUGGAAUUAUUUCAUGCUGUCCAUUUAAUUGGUUAGUAAAACACUUGAGAAUAAAUCGCGAACAAACAGUACCAUCAAAUGAAGACCAUGUCUCGUAUUCCCUAUUUUACUCCGCGGUAAACUGGAACAGGCACAUGACCGCGACGUCAUCACCGCCGAAGCGAUUCU